AUGAGGACACCUGAUCUGCUUACUGUGCUUGAGCAAGUUGUUGCCAUUAAUUGCUCUGGUUUCAAUGAUUAUGAUCUUCCAUCUCACUUUGAAACAAAAGCUGAAAUCUUUCCCAGGGGUUUGGAUAUAGACCUUGAUUGGGGGAAGAAUGAUGUGUUUUUAUCUGAUUUGAGCAAUUUUUCGUUGAAAAGUCAAAAAAAGAUGAUGAUGAUGAAGGCUAUGAAGGAGGAGGAAGAGAUCUGUAGAGAGGUAGAGAAGAUUGUUAAAUGGGCAAAGCAAGCUUCAACAUGGAUGUUUCUAGCAUUGAAGAUGAGCUAA